AUGUUCAACCCUGUCAGCGCCCCAGCCACCGGCUACGCUGAGCACUGCUGCCUGCGCCCACCCCACGGACCAGCCCGGGGUGCCCCAGGGCCACAAGGACUUGAUUUCCCCUUACGCCAUCAGUCAAACCUCAUGAGCAGUCACUGUGGGUAUGGGUUGGUGCCAGGAACCGACCACCCAGGCAGUGGUGAUGGCUCACGGUUUUCAACGCCCCGUGGUGCAGGCAAACUGGGCAAGAAGCGGGCACUGUCCAUCUCGCCCUUGUCGGACUCUAGCAUUGACCUGCAGACGGUAAUCCGCACCUCACCCAACUCCCUCGUUGCAUUCAUCAACUCCCGCUGCGCCUCUGCCGGUGGCUCCUAUGGCCACCUCUCCAUCAGCACCAUCAGUCCAUCACUGGGGUACCAGAGUCCACCAGGUCAGCAGACGGGGCAAGGCCACCUGUACAGCCACACCGCCCCACCACCCCCAUGUAGCUCCCGCGAACACCUGUCCACUCACCCAGGGCUCCUGCACCAUGCCCCAGCUCGUGGGACCGUCAAACACCGCCAGCAGCUAAAGUUGGAGUGGAGCCUGAGCAGACCUCUGACUGUCAAAUACCCAGAGGAGAGAUCAGAGGGCGACAUCUCCAGUCCAGCUUCCACAGGCACCCAGGACCCCUUGCUGGGGAUGCUUGAUGUUCGGGAAGAUCUGGAGAAGGAGGAUGGGAAACCUGAGUCUGAGAAUGUGUAUGAAACCAAUUGCUACUGGGACGGCUGUGCCAAGGAGUUUGAUACCCAGGAGCAGCUGGUGCAUCACAUCAACAACGAGCAUAUCCAUGGGGAGAAGAAGGAGUUUGUGUGCCACUGGGCAGCGUGUUCCCGGGAGCAGAGGCCCUUCAAGGCUCAAUACAUGUUGGUGGUGCACAUGCGACGUCACACAGGCGAGAAGCCCCACAAAUGCACGUUUGAGGGCUGUAACAAAGCCUACUCACGCCUGGAGAACCUCAAGACGCAUCUGCGCUCACACACGGGUGAAAAACCGUAUGUGUGUGAGCAUGAGGGUUGCAACAAGGCCUUCUCCAAUGCUUCUGACCGGGCCAAACAUCAAAACCGCACUCACUCCAAUGAGAAGCCCUACGUGUGCAAGAUUCCAGGCUGCACCAAGCGCUACACAGACCCCAGUUCCCUGCGCAAACACGUGAAGACGGUGCAUGGCCCUGACGCCCACGUCACCAAGAAGCACCGAGGCGAUGUGGUGCCAGGCCGUGCACUGCCCACGCCCAGCGGCCCUGCAGACCUGAAGCAGGAGAAAGACACAAAUGGCCCCACUGAGGCACGGAAGGAUGACAGCAAACUCUUGGUGCCUGACUUGGCCUUGAAGCCGCAGCCCAGCCCAGGUGGGCAGUCAUCGUGCAGCAGCGACCACUCCCCACUUGGCAGCACCACCAACAAUGACAGUGGGGUGGAGAUGGCAGGCAACGCAGGCGGGAGCUACGAGGAUCUGUCCACACUGGAGGAUGUGGUGCCCUGUGAGCCCAUGGGUGCCUCAGGGCUCAUGGCCCUCCACAAGCUAGAAAAUCUUCGCAUUGACAAACUGAAGCAGAUGAGGAAGCCAUCAGCUACCAAAGGCCUGAAUUUGCCAGCCAUCCCUGGAGCCGGCCUGCCCGGGGAGGUGUCUGGGAUGUCCCUGCCGCCACCAGCUGCCUCGCACCGACGAAUUGUGGAGCUGUCGGCAGCAGAGAUGGGCAUGCCCCUGAACGAGCGCCGGAGCAGCGCCACCAGUACCGUAAGCUCAGCCUACACCGUGAGCCGGCGCUCAUCCCUGGUUUCCCCGUACCUGGCCGGGCCGUGUCUGGGUGGCGAGGCAGGGGCAAAGCCCAGCGGGGCAAGCCUGGCAGAUGGCUACGACCCCAUCUCUCCGGAUGAGUCGCGACGCUCCAGUGAUGCCAGCCAGUGUGGAGGGCUUCCGGGUGUGGGCAGCCUUACCCCGGCCCAGCACUACCGUCUCAAGGCUAAAUAUGCUGCAGCCACAGGUGGCCCACCCCCAACCCCUCUGCCCAGCAUGGAGCAGGUGGGCAUGGGUGGCCACAGCAGCUUACCCAGGGACUACUUUGGGCCAGCGGAAUCCCGCUUCCUUGUAAAUGGUUUGCUGCGAAGGCACAGUUCCAACGACUGCCCUGGCUAUGCAGGCAGUGUUCCCCCUCGCCUGGUCCCUCGGAAUGGCGUGCGGCGGGCCAGUGACCCUGCUCGGACUGCGGCCAACCUUCAUGCUGUGCCCAAGGUGCAUCGUUUUAAGAGCACAGGUAGUGUGAAUGUGCCAGGAGUGGGCAGAACUGCUCCGCAGUCCUUGGGUGGUUCUGAUGCCAACCUUCAGCGCCAUGUCUUCUCACCACACCCACCCAGCAUCAGUGAAAAUGUCUUCUUGGAGAGUGUGAGCAUGGAGGGCACUGGCCCAGGCACAGAGUCUGGCUUGCUAGAGAUGGAGCAGUACUUGAACUACCCCGAGGAGAGCUUCCCAUGCCAGGGGACAGGUGUGGACCUUCAGUGUGAAGGCCUCUACGGCAGCGCUCACCGGACCACGGAGGGUAUGCAACUGAACCCAGGAGGGCAUGCGGACAUGGAGGAGGGGUUGCUUCAGUCUGAGUUCUCCCUCCCUCAGUGCCAGACAAACCAGCACUUAACGAGUAUGCAUGCUGCCAGUGGGACCAUGCCAGCUCCUUGGGGUGAACCUCCCCAAGGUAACCUGGAGAUGAGUUCUGGGCAGUGGAGUCAAAGUGCUGAGUACCCACUACCCAGUCCCUGUGGGCAACAGCCUAGACUUGUGAGCUCGUGCCAGGACAGUGGAUUUUCUGGGGCACACCAGCUUAACCGACUACAGAUUAAAUCUGAGCAGCGUUACCCAGCACCUGUCCGAGCACUUGCUCCUUGCCAGAACGCCAAGCUUGCUGGGCCCAUGCAGCCUCCUGCAUCAUUUGGCCAAGCCAUGGAUGUAGGGCCUGCUGGUUACCCACCCGAGGGACAGACACCUGUCGGUUACAUCUUGAGCCCGGGCGCUAGAAGAGCACAGACCCCCACCAUGCAGACCAAAGAAGUGAUGGUCCGUAGCUAUGUGCAGGCCCAGCAGGCCCUGAUGUGGGGAGACCUGCUGGCCUCCAAGGGAGGGGAGGCUGGCGUGGGGCUGGGCAGGGAGGCUGGCCAGGGCCGAGCCACGCAAGUUCCCCUGUACCGCAGCCCCAAGUACUCUGGUUACCAAGCCAAACUGGAUCACCUGCAGGGUCUGACAGAGACUCGUCAAGUGCUAAACGCCCCGUGCUUCAACCCGGAGAUGGUGCCACAUCCACCCGGUGGCCCUAAACCACCGGGUCACCAAAACAGUCCGAACUACGCGGGCAGCCUAGCUCAGCCCAGUCAUUCCUGUGAGGGAGUGGAAGCUGGUUCCCGGCGUGUACUUCGCUUGCCCCCUGCCUGCCCCACACCUGAGGGGCCCAGUAAUGCCCUGCUCUGUUACCCAGGCCAGGGCACACAUGUGCAGGGGGACAAAGGCGGGCAUAAGCUGUUGGGCCAGAUGGCAGCAAGCUCUGGGGGUCCUGGGCAUUAUGGUGGGACCUUGGAAGGACUCAAAGGCAGCUCAUGUUACUACCUGGAUUCGGGGGAGCAGGUGGCCAACAGCCUGGACUCUCUGGACCUGGAGAAUAUGCACCUCGACUUUGCUGCCAUUGUGGAAGAUCCAGAGACACCUGCAGUGCUGCCUGGGCCCCCAAGCCCUGCGGGUGGCCUCCUGCUUCCUGCAUCUGGUGGUGCCAACAUGGCUGUGGGUGACAUGAGCUCCAUGCUGAGCACUCUGGCAGGGGAGAGCCAUUUCCUCAGCUCCCUGUCCUAA